AUGUGGUUGCUCACGUUAACAGGCUUUUCUGAGAAGCUACUUUAUGUAUUCAGUCUCCAGCUAACUUCUCUGUGGAAGAUCCUGAUACAUUUAUACUCCUCAAUUGGGGCACUGCUAUGGUCUUCAGGUAGCAAGAGGAGCAGUCAGCACGGAGAGAAGAGAGGAGCAACAAGAGAAGAGGCUGCAGGAGAGGAAGAUGCAUCAGGGCUCUCUGUUAACCCUGUCAGUGUAAACUAUCAUUUCACUCGACAGUGUAACUACAAAUGUGGUUUCUGCUUCCACACCGCUAAAACAUCAUUUGUGCUUCCUCUGGAGGAAGCCAAGAGAGGUCUCCUUAUGCUGAAAGAAGCAGGUAUGGAGAAGAUUAACUUCUCAGGAGGAGAGCCAUUUCUACAUGACAGGGGAGAAUUCCUAGGCAAGUUGGUGAAAUUCUGCAAAAAAGAACUAAAACUCCCCAGUGUCAGCAUUGUGAGUAAUGGAAGCUUGAUCAGAGAGAAAUGGUUCAAGGAUUAUGGUGAAUACCUAGACAUUCUUGCUAUUUCGUGUGAUAGUUUUGAUGAGCAAAUCAAUGCACUGAUUGGUCGUGGACAAAGGAAGAAGAAUCAUGUGGAGAAUCUGUGGAAGUUGAGGAGGUGGUGUGCAGAUUAUAGGGUUGCUUUCAAGAUUAAUUCUGUUAUUAACAAAUUUAAUAUGGAAGAAGACAUGAAUGAACAGAUUCAAUCCUUGAACCCUGUUCGUUGGAAAGUGUUCCAGUGCCUGAUCAUUGAGGGGGAGAAUGCUGGGGAAGAUGCCCUAAGAGAAGCAGAGCGAUUUGUUAUCAGUGAUGAGGAUUUUGAAAAAUUCCUGGACCGGCAUAAAGGCAUCUCCUGUUUGGUUCCUGAAUCUAAUAAUAAGAUGAAAGAUUCUUACCUUAUUCUGGAUGAAUAUAUGCGCUUCCUGGACUGUACAAGGGGCCGAAAGGAUCCUUCUAAAUCAAUUCUAGAUGUGGGGGUUGAAGAGGCCAUAAAAUUCAGUGGUUUUGAUGAAAAAAUGUUUCUAAGGCGAGGAGGAAAGUAUGUAUGGAGUAAAGCAGACCUUAAGCUGGACUGGUGAAGCUAAUGAAAACAUUGGCAUGCAGGAAAGGAAUCCUUAAGAUAAAUGGAUGGUUCUCUUUUUCAACAUUGUAAUCCUAUUUCUGAACUACAUG